CCUCCAAUUAUUUUCGCUCUUCUAUCCAUAGCAUAUUGCCCAAACUGACUGCCAACACCAUGUCCACCCGCAAACGCUCGAAAAACCAGCAGUCCGCAAACGCGCCCGCGACGUCCACGGGCAACGUCCGGUCCGCCGAGGACCUCCCGCCGCCGCGCGCGCGCAAGGGCAUGAAGCCCGUCAAGCCGCCCGGCUCGAACGUCGACUUCAACACCUUCAUCUACCGCAUGGGCCUCGUCGGCGUCCUCGUCCUCGCCUUCUACGCAUGGCGCCUCUGGGUGUGGAAGGCCGAGGCGGGCGGCUGGUGGAACCUCGCGACGGGCAAGAAGCCGGAGGCGCUGGGCGUGCGCUCGCCGGCCAGUUCGAGCACGGGCGGGAUUGACGAUGCGCAGCGAUGGGCGAAGGGGAGCGGGGGGCAGGGCGUGGUGGAGAUCGAGAGCAGGAUCGAACAGCUCGCGAGCGCGCUUGGGAUGCCGUCCAAGGAUCUCGCGAGCGCCAUUGCCGGUGCCGUGAGGGACUACGUGCCGCCCGCGACGCUGUCGAGUGUGAGCGCGCAGGCCAAGAAGACGCCUGGAGCUGGCUCCGAGGUUGUCGACGAGCUGCUCGGAGAGCACCACGAGGCGGAUAGUGCGACGGAAAAGGUGGCGGGCGGUGUACAGAGCGCGCUGGAGGGACUCGUGGGGAUGGACGAACCGCCAGCUAUGAGCUAAGGCAUAAAUGGACAAUUUUGACGAUGCGAGUGUGGAUAAUAAUGUACUACAUCAAUGCUACCAAUGUUCUUGAUUCCACCUUAAGGCUCUAAGAAUUACUGUUUCCACCAUAUAAUCAUUAACCUUCAUUAGCAUUCCUCCUCAACCGCCCCCCGCAGGCCCAGCUCCCCCACCGCCCUGCGCAUUCCGCUGCAUAAACGACUGCAACAUCGCCAUGCUGACAUUUCCCAUCGAGUUCCCUCCAAAACCCAUGUUCAUGUUCAUAUUCACAUUCCCAUUCCCGCCACCCUGCUGCUGCUGCUGCUGGGGCAUCAUACCCCCACCACUCAUCCCCAUCCCCAUGGCCAUCGCCUGCAUCAUAUUGAAAUUCUGCUGGGCUUGACCCUGUCCCUGAGCGAGCGCCAUCGCGGGGUUGAACCCCAAGCCGCCCUGCGCGUUCCCGGGCCCGCCCCCAAGAUUGACCGGCAGGCCCUGCAUACCUCCCAUGAACCCCGG